UUCGCGGAUUUCGCGAUUGGCGGUGAAUGACCCAGAGUGAUAUCAAGCCUAUCACCCACGUUUUUGGGUGGUACCCAUUUUUUUUUAACGUUUUAGAAAACAUUUCUCAUAUCUUCGUGCCAGGGGGUUCAUCACUGUAGACACAAUUAACUUUGCGCCCAGGUGCUUCAUCGAUGAACAACGACAGAAGGACCUAGAAAACAAAGGAGAGAGAUCCCAUACUAAACCAACUCUAACCACGCUUACAACGUAAUUCAUGGUAACAUUUUACAUUUUGAGAAAGAAAAUCUUGAUCGCUGAAUCGGAGAAAAUUAUUGAUAUAUUUGGAAGGGCAAGUUGAUAAUAUUGCGCAAGACAAACCCAGGCCAAGAGUUUUCAACUUUCGUCGCAAUACGUGCAAGCUUCUUUGUGAGGACUUAGGCGGGAAGUGUUUGCUCUUGUUGGAAAGCUGUUUAUUUUUCUCUCAACAACACUUUCGCGGAAUGCCAUUACCCGCAGAGGUUAAAGGGCUGAUAUUUGAUUGUGACGGGACAUUGCUGGAUACGAUGCCUUUACACUGGAAGGCUUGGUGUGCAAUCUGCAAGGAAACUGGUUUAAAGUUUGACAAGGAGAGCUUCUUCGCUCUUGCAGGAGUACCUGGGAGAGAGAUUAUUCGCGAACUAGCAAACCAGCAAGGGAUCAAUUUAGAUCCUCUCGAAGUGUACGCUAGGAAGCGAUCUUUCUUCCUCAAAGGACUACAAUCUGUGAAAAUAAUUCCUUGCGUUGUACGCUUUGUUUUGGAGGCUCGACGCCUUGGUAUUCCAACAGCAGUAGCAUCAGGGAGUUCCCGUGUUCAAGUCGAACAAGCUCUGAUAGAAGCUGGGAUUCGUGACUUGUUCGACGAAAUUGUUGGAAACGAAGAUUAUCAGAAUGCGAAACCUCAUCCUGACGCAUUCCUUACAGCUGCAGAAAGAUUGGGUAUAAACCCUCACGACUGCUGGGCGUUUGAAGACUCGGACAUUGGAAUUGAAGCAAUAAAAAGAGCUAACUUUGCCAAAUUUGUGGAUGUGCGGCUUCUAGAAGGGUAUCCUGUGGAAGGUAGAUUUGAAAGUAAAGGCUAGGGAAUGAGCAUUCCUGAAAUGAAGAAACACAAGCCACGUUGUGAGGUGCUGACCAGUCCAGAUGGCCCCCACAAGUUUCAAUGCUGACCAGGACUGUUUUAGGGUUAGACUGCAGAGCCUCCUCACUAGCAAUCAUAGAUGACUGUUAAAAAUUUGCAUUUUUUUGAAUUGGAGAAUUCAC